UUUUGCGCGCAUUUUUGCGUUGAGUGCAUUUGGUCUGUGUCGGUGCAUUAUCUGUCUGCGUUUUCUGUGUGAAUUUCACAAUAUUUUUGUGCUAAUUUCCAGGCCAGGUGAAUAUUGAUUACAAUCUUAUCAAUUGAAGAAUGGAUCUUCCGUUCCAGGCUGAGUAUGCGAAGUCAAAUCGAGCAGCUUGCAAAGGAUGCAAGAACAAAAUUGAUAAGGGUGAAUUGAGGUUAGCGGUGAUGGUGCAGUCGGCUUUUCAUGAUGGAAAACAACCAAAUUGGUUCCACGCAAAGUGCUUCUUCUUGAAACAGCGUCCAACGUCAGAGGGAGACAUUGCCGGGUUCGCGACGCUCCGUAUUCAAGAUCAGGAAUUUAUCACCAAGGAAAUGGCAAAUUUGGUCCCUGGCGGAUCUACUUCCGGAGGCAAGGGCAAGAAGCGUAAAGCGUCAAAUACUGUCAUCAGAGAUUUUGGAGUUGAAUAUUCCAAAUCUGACCGAGCUACAUGCUGCGGGUGUCAGCAGAAAAUCCUUAAGGCAGAAGUACGGAUCAAAAAAAUUGUUUACGAUACAGAAGUUGGGAUGAAAUUUGGAGGUCAACCACUUUGGCAUCAUGUUGAAUGCUUUGCCCAGUGUCGCGCAGAUUUGAUGUACUUCACUACUGGCGAUCAACUUCCCGGAUACAAUUCUCUUUCCAAGGAAGACAAGGCGGUGGUGAAGAAAGCUCUUCCCGCUGUUAAAGAAGCUGAUAUGCCGGUGGCCCUUAAAAAGGCCAAAGUGGAGAAGGAAGAUAAAGAUGAUGUUGAGACUAAAGAAAAAAUCAAGAAGCAAAAUGAUAAGUUUUACAAGCUACGUAAAUUGCUAGAGGAUUCCAAAUUGACCAAGAAUGAAUUGUCUGAGAUAUUGGAGCACAACAAACAGGAUAUUCCUGAAGGAAAAGAUGCUAUAAUGAAUCUUGUUUGCGAUAUUAUCACCUUUGGAGCAUUGAAGCGAUGCAAGGAAUGCAAGGGACAGUUGAUUUUUAAAGACAAUGGUUAUAAGUGUACGGGAUCAAUUUCUGAAUGGGCUCAUUGUGAGAAUGUUGAGAGGGAACCAUCGCGUUUUAAGGCAAAAAUUCCUGAGAAUCUUGUGAAGAAGUAUGGUUUGGAGAAGGUAAAGCCCAAAGUGGAGGCACGUGUGUUCAAAUACUAUGCCGUGAGUGCUGCUGUUGCACAGUCAAUGGUGAAGAAGGAGAAUGGGAAUGAUGUAGCUGAUGGACCGAAAGUUGUGCGUGAAAAAGGAAAAUUGUACAAUAUGGAAUUUUUCUUGAUUGGCAAACUUAAACGGUCUAAGGAUGAUAUUCGUGCUGCUCUAAGGCCAUUUGGUGGUCGUGUAGGAUCACGAUUGCAUGAAAAUACCAUGGCAGUAAUAUCGACGGAGAAGGAAGUUGAGAGGAUGUCGAGUAAAAUGGAAGAAGCGAUGAAUUGGAAAAUUCAAGUGAUACCAGAAACAUUCCUCGAUGAAAUUGCCACUAUUGAUGUGUUUCAGUACAUCAUGUCUAAUAGUAUUUGUGAUUGGGGUGCAGAUCCAGCAACAAGGGCUAAGGCUGAAGAGACUAAGUCCAAAUCAAAGAGUAUCUAUGAGAAAUCAGUGCCAAAAUCCAUGACAGUACGCUUGAAGAAUGGUUCAGCUGUUGAUCCAGAUUCGGGAUUGGAUGAUGUGGCCCAUGUCUACAAGGAGGGAAAAACCCAUUGGACUUGUGUGCUGAGCAAGACGGAUGUGCAGAAACAGAAAAAUUCCUACUACAAACUUCAACUUUUGGAGGCGGACAAUAAUCGUCAGUAUUGGGUUUUUCGUGCCUGGGGACGCAUUGGGACGACUAUUGGGGAUCAUAAGUUGAGCAACUAUAGAGAUUUGGAUAGGGCAAAAGAAGAAUUUGAGGAUCAGUAUCUCGAUAAGACGGGAAAUUAUUGGGGAAUGAAGAAUAUGUUUCAGAAGAUGCCGAAUAUGUAUUAUGAGUUGGAACUUGAUUUUGGUGAAGAUGGAUCGAAGAUGUCAAUGGAGAGUGACAUUCCAUCUAAAUUGGCAGCACCCGUGCAGAAUCUCAUAAAGAUGAUCUUUGAUAUUAAUGCCAUGAAGAAGGUAAUGUUGGAAUAUGAAUUGGAUAUGGAUAAGAUGCCGCUGGGAAAAUUGAGUGAGAAACAGAUUCGAUCGGCAUAUGGGGUCCUUACAGAAUUGUCGGAACUUGUUGCAAAAGGUGGAAGCAAUGCAAAGUUUGUUGAUGCUUCCAAUCGCUUCUUCACGCUCAUUCCGCAUAAUUUUGGCGUGAAGACUCCUCCAGUGUUGGACAAUGCUGAGGAGAUCAAUGCUAAAAUUUCCAUGCUGGAUAGUUUGCUGGAGAUUGAAGUGGCUUAUAGCUUGUUAAAAGUUGAUGCAGCAUCGGGAGUCAAUCCCAUCGAUAGUCACUAUGAACAACUCAAAACGGAUCUUACAGUCCUGGAUAAGGACUCUGAGGAAUUUGCCAUUUUGGCCAAAUAUGUCAAGAAUACUCAUGCAGCCACUCACAAUAUGUAUGAAUUGGAGAUUGAGGAUAUCUUCAAGGUGAAGAGAAAGGGUGAAGAUCGUCGGUACAAGCCGUUCAAGAAACUCCACAACAGACAACUCCUCUGGCACGGAUCACGUCUCACCAAUUACGCUGGAAUUCUCUCUCAUGGACUCAAAAUUGCCCCACCAGAAGCUCCUGUCACGGGCUACAUGUUCGGAAAGGGAAUUUACUUUGCCGAUAUGGUUUCCAAAUCGGCCAAUUACUGCUGUACAUCUUCCCAAAAUAACACCGGACUUAUGUUGCUGUGUGAAGUUGCCCUGGGAGAAAUGCAGGAAUACACAACGGCAAACUACGUCACUAAGCUUCCAAGUGGGAAGCACAGUGUUAAGGGUGUCGGAAAGUCAUUCCCGGACCCAAAACAGAAUUUCAAGAGAGAAGAUGGAGUGGAGAUUCCACUAGGAACCGCUAUUCAGAAUGGAGAAGUGAAGAGAACUUCACUUCUCUACAACGAGUACAUUGUAUACGACGCAGCUCAGGUCAACAUUCAAUACCUCUUCAAUAUGAAGUUUAAGUACCGCUUCUAAACACGGGUGACACGAUAACUUGUUUUCGAUACUAUCGACUGUCGAUUCUGAAAAAUUUAAACGAUAGCUGCACUUCCUGUGGCUAAUAGAGAUUAUUAUCAACAGCCACAUUCGUUUAAGUAUGUCAAAAUGAAUGAUCCAACAAUGCGCAGAAAGUCGACAUUCACUUCAUCCAACAGAUAUAGAUUUAUCGAUACUAUCGAUUCGAUAGUAUCGAAAACUUAUCAUUCCGCCCCAGGUAAGAAUUUCAGCGAAUUAAUUCACCAAAACUAUUUUUGUUUUUCUUUUUCACUAUUACAUUUAUGUUUUUUUUUUUUUUGUUAAAUUCUAAGUCUAUGUAAGUUGAUUUUGUUCGGAUUGAAUUUGUCCCUUGGGAUCAGGCAAUGUCCCAUCUUCAUGUUUAAUGGUAUGCGCUGAAAGAAUAUGAAACAAAUUAAUAAUAAAAUGAAAUUCCAAUAAAACCAUUUCAAAGAUUUCAAA